AUUUUCAUAUGUAUUGUCCAGAAAAUGUACAAAAAGAAAUAUUGUUUUGUUUUAUUCGCAUUAUGUUUAAACAAUAGGGUAUUUUAUUUCUAGAUUAAUUGGUUUCAUAUUUUUGUUAAUUAGACCGGUUAUUUUAUUUUCAGUAUCUGAUGUACCGAUCACUAUACGACUGACACCUCCAUGUCGUCCCAGGCUGGUGUCUCUGGAGCCCUGCCUGGCUCUGGAGCGGAGAGUAAUGGUGCUCCACCAAUGCUGUUUGUUGAGAUCAAAAUUGAGCCAGAGUAUGACGAUGCUAAUUCUCACAUUAAAAUUGAGCCAAAGACAGAGGUUACAGGCACUGAGAUCAAAAUAGAGUAUUCGGAAAGUUCUCAGCAGCCUUCAGAAGUGCCACACUUCAAUGUCGAUAAAGUGAAACGUGAGAUUGAUGAAGCUGACCACUUGGACGUGCAACACAAUGCAGAGUUUAACAAAACAGAGAAACAUCCAUUGCUGGAGAUAGAUGUCGCUCCAGUGCAAACAUCGGAAGACCGGACACAAUUUGAAGGAAGUACAACCGAUGGAAAACAACGCGACACUCCGCGUGCCCAGACGAUCCACCAGUGCGAUGUUUGUCAGAAAAGAUUUUCGCAGAAAUCCAAUUUGUCUAUACACAAGAGAACUCAUACUGGCGAGAAACGUUAUAGUGCUGUAAGAUGUUUACAAACACAAUUAGAUACACUUAGUGGUGAGAAACCAUCCAAUAGUAAUGGAUAUCAACUUAAUGACAACAAAAUCUUGCGGGCACUAUUAGUAACUAAUACUAGUGAGAAACAUGAAUGUAAUGUAUGCAAGGAAAGCUUUUGUGAUAAUAUAAAAUUGCGAACACAUUUAGCAACUCACACCGGCGAGAAACCAUGCGAAUGUAAUGUUUGUCAUAAGCAUUUUACAAACAAUAAAAAACUGCGAAUACAUUCUAAAACUCAUACCGAUGAUGGCGAUAAACCACACGAGUGUAGUGUUUGCUAUAAGCGUUUUUUGGACAGGAGCCGUUUUGAAAGACAUUACAGAGUACAUACUGGCGAGAAACCAUUCCAAUGUAACGAUUGUAAUGCACUUUUUAGUGACAAAAGUAGUUUGCAAAGGCAUUUAAAUAAUCACGCCGGUGAGAAACCACAUGGGUGCGAUAUAUGUCUUAAGCGUUUUGUAGACGCCAAAACUUUACGGCACCAUUUAAAAACUCAUGCCAGUGAGAAACCGCAUGAAUGUAGUGUAUGUCAUAAGCGUUUUAGUAUCAACAGUUAUUUGCAGGAACAUCUGAGAAUACACACCGGUGAGAAACCAUACGAAUGUAAUAUUUGUGAUAAAAGUUUUACUAAAAGAAGUCACUUACAAGUACAUUUGAGUGCUCACAAUGGUGAGAAACCACACGAAUGUGAAGUUUGCAAUAAACGUUUUAGUAAAAAAAGUAGUUUGCAAGAUCAUUUAAGAAUACACACAGGUGAGAAGCCAUACGAAUGCGAUGUUUGUCAUAAACGCUUUCGUGUCAGUUGUCAUUUACGAACGCACUCAAAAUUGCACACCGGUGAGAGUCCAUACGCAUGUAACGUAUGCGAUAAGCGCUAUAUUACCAGCAGUCACUUGAGAGUGCAUUUAAGAACUCACACCGGCGAGAAACCACACGAAUGUAGUGUUUGUCAUAAAAGUUUUAAUAGCAGCAGUUAUUUGAAAAGACAUUCAAGAAUUCACACCGGUGAGAAACCGUACGAGUGUGAUGUUUGUCAUAAAUGUUUUAGCUUCAACAGUCACUGGCGAGCACAUUUAAGAACACACACCGGUGAGAAACCUCACGAAUGUAGUGUUUGUAAAAAACGUUUUGGCCGAAGUAGUACUUUGCAAACACACUUCAGAAUACACACCGGUGACGUCUACAAUUGUGACGUCUGUCAACGUCAGUUCACUCGAAAGAGUUCUUUGUCGUAUCAUAUAAGAAAGGCAGAAACCACACCUGGCGGUGUAAGCAUUCGCGGAAAAGUAAAAGAGCACAACCAGGGCUCCAACGCUCAACCACAAUCUCCCUGUUUCAUGGCCAUCUCUGUGUCAAGUCCUUGGUAUACUGAAUCAUUUUCAAAUUUCACAUUGAAGGUGCUGAACGGCUCAGCUGCUGGCAGCUGCGCUGAUCCUACAAAUAAUUCAUUGGGUUGUUUAGGUGUCGCGGUAGGCAGAGACCAGAGAGGUACCAAUAAACUUGAGCUGGUGGUAACGUACCUGAUUACCGAAGGUCCAGCCCAUUAUACCCAGAUCAAUCAAGAUGGAAAAUUAUAUUUUACUGCGGUAAUAAGAUCACUCAACACGACCGGCACAUUAAUGUCUUCCCAGGCUGGUGUCGGUGAAGCUCUGACCGGCCCUAGAACGGAGUGUUCCGGCUCUCCACUGGCGAAUGCUGACAUCAAAACUGAACCGGAAUCCCAUGUUGCCAACACAGAGAACAAAAUUAAGCCUGAGUUAGAUGUUGUUAACAUUGAGCCAGAGAUUGUUGUUGCCAACAAGAUCGAAAUUGAAUCAGAGAUUGCCGACAAAGAGAUCAAAAUAGAAUAUGGUGGCGGGGCUCACAUGAAUAUUGACACUGAAAAUCCGAUUGAAACUGAAGAUUCUACUUGUGUGAACUUAAAUAUUCAAGAAGAUUCAGACAAGAGUCAAGUAGAUUCAACGACAAACCACAAGAUUCAAUAUGAAUGCGACAGCUGUCCAUCAGCAUUCGACUCGUUAGCGGAAUUUAAAGUACACAAAAAUACACAUAUUAGUGAGAAACCUUUCAGAUGUAAUAAUUGUGAACGAAAAUUCCACAGGUAUAGACAUUUAGAAACACAUUUCAAAACACACAAGAGCGAGAAACCGAAUAAAUACGAAUGCAAUAUAUGUCAGCGGCGGUUUAAUUACAUUUCCGAUUUAAAAAUUCAUAUGAAACGUCACAAUAAUGAGAAAUCUCACAAAUGCAAUGUGUGCCACCGCAACUUUUACUCGAGGUGUGAUUUGGUUAGACAUAAACGGACACACACUGGUGAGAAACCUUUCGAAUGUAGGAUUUGUAAACGUCGAUUCCGGCAGCAAGGUAUUUUGGACAGUCAUAUAAGGAUCCAUAAAAAUAAAAAGCCAUUCGAGUGCAAAGUCUGUAAACACAGAUUUAAUCAAUCGAGCGCAUUGAAGACACAUUUAAGGACACAUAGUGACGAGAAACCUUACGAGUGUAAUAUAUGUUGUACUAGUUUCAAACAUCUUGGCUCAUUGAAAAGCCAUUUGAGAAUACAUUCCGGUGAGAAACCUUUUGUAUGUAAGACGUGUUAUCGUCAGUUCAGUCAUCAGACUAGUUUGAUACGCCACACGAGGACUCACACUGGCGAGAAACUCUACAAGUGCGAUGUGUGUGAGAAACGUUUUAAUCAAAGUGAAACGUUGAAGGUUCACUUUCGAACGCAUACCGAUGAGAAACCUUUCGGCUGUGACGUGUGCGCACAUCGGUUUAAACAGCGCGCUCAUUUAAGGCGACAUAUAAAAACACACGUCGGUGAUUAACGAAUACAAAUAAGAACUGAUUAAUUACGGAACAUCGUAAACACCGCUGGCGUGGGUUGGCGCACUGUCGUUGCGAAAAAUUCAACACCGCUAGCGUGUUUGGCCGCACAGCUGAUGGGAAAUUCUAUUUGUCGCUACGCAUAUGCGCAACACACGCAUCGCGCGUGGAAAUGCGUCACAGGGGCUUAGCUCAUAAUAUUGUUAGCUGUCAACGUGUUGUCACAUUUAUAAGAUAACAAAAAUGACUUCGUUACAAAAAUGACAGACUUUAAUUUUAGAAAAUGUAAUAAAAAGGAAAUGGAAGAAUACCGUUAAAUAGGUGGGUAACAAAAUAUUAACACAUCCCGAUUGAUAAAAAGGUCUCUAAACAAAAACACCACUUCCUUUAAUCCUCCAAAUCAGCCAGACAUCAAGAAAACUUAGGGGAAGGGAAUAUCUUCAAAGUGCGGCCGUAGAAUGAAGGGGAAUCCGGUACCGGAGCGUAAAUCCCUAUGGGAAGAAAGUAAUUGCAUGCUAUUAAUUAGCUACACGCUAUUUAAAAUAAAGGGAUGGUAAAUAGAUAAGAUAUUAUAGGUGAUUUGCUUACAUAUAAUAUUUAUCUAUGAUGAGGUUUUUCACAUAGAACUAUAUUUUAACAAAAUAACAGCUUCUAUAAUAACAAAGAAUAAAAGUAGCUCUUACCCAAAAUAUUUGGGGAUCCUAUAAUUAAUUACAGAUCUAUCUUAAUAGAUAAAUAGGAGAUUAAAAUUUAUUUUAAUCUUUACACAUUAGAAUAUAAUCUACCAAUCUUUCAGUUUGACAUACAAGACCAUGACAAGACAUUAUCAAGAACCAAAAUAAUAGACAAACAGAAUGAAAGAGUUCCGAAAUGAAAAUAAAAAAAAAUAAAACGUUAAAACAUAAAAGUGUUAAAGUGGAAAUGCGUGUUAAACUAGAAACAAAAGACAGGAGUUUUGUAAAAUGAUAGCUUUUUUUUUUCUUUCCUUCUUUGUAGUUCUAUAUUUUAAGCAAUAAGUAAAGAAAGUGUUACAAUAUUUAACGUUUCUGUUUCACUGUGGCUAAUGGAAUGGAAAAUGUCUGCGUUGAUAUUUCUACUAAUACAGUUAAUGUUUUGGAAAUACGUGAAUUGAUGCUACGACAAAGGUUUUAAAUAUC